AUGGUGGGACAAAUUCAAAUUGAAGGAAAAUCGAAGUCUGAACUUCAAGAGAUUGCUCGCGAGUUGAUAAUUCAAGCCUCUCAAAUGGAUGAUGAUGAGGACAUUGAAAAUGACUCUCCUUUGUCGUCUAGCUGCCAGCCUAUGCAGAGCCCUGCUAAGCCUAAGUCUUGGUAUGAAGACAACCAGGACCUCUAUGAUGCCUAUGAUCUGAAUUCUGAUUAG